CGGUUUCGGUUGAUGUGCUAUGCUUGAACGGCAUCACUGAGCGCCACCUGACGCGGUUAAUUCCCUUCUGGCGUCACGUCGAGCGGCAAGUCCAAAGAUCGCUUACUUUAGCCCCACACUUCAACUAGACUAAACAUUAUCAAGACAAGAGAUAAUACAGAUUCAAACUCAAUUAUUCUCAUUGCUUGACCAGCAGUCUGAAGUAUACAGGCACCCUGACACCGCCUCCGUUGUAGACAGCAAGGAUGACGAUUCUCUCAAAGUCCAAAGCCAUCUUCGUGAGGCUGCUCUUCGGGGCGCACGGCACGCUCGCGGUGAUCGCGUUGGUCAACAUCACGGAGAUCCGGUGGUUCUACCUGGCCGAGUGUCUAGUGGCCGUGUCCCUCCUUGAGGCUUUCGUGACGCUGAAGGUGAACAAACACGCUGAGUGGAAAUGGUUUCUGCCCAGCGUUUUCCUGUACUUGCUGUGGAUUGUCCCUCCCAUUGUGCUACUGGAGUCCUACGCCAUGGACUAUCGUCAGUUCCGGCUCGACAUGUCCGAAAACGGUCGCUGCUUUGUCGAUUUCAACGACGUUUGUGUCGGCCAGAAUGGUAGCAUCGAUUACGUGGACAACAGUGAGGUUGAUAUGUCUAACGGAGUACUCGAUCAGACGACAUACGACGAAGCCCGCCAUUACGCUCUCGUCUUCCAGCAAACGAUGAUGUUGGUUCUCAUCGGCGGAAGGUGGCUGGGUCCCAAGGGGGCCCUCACUCGCGACCAGUUGUCCCAGCUUCUCCUGGCCCUGACAGGCAUGGCCGCCGACAUGCUGGAGUUCGUGACGGAGACGGUGAAGCUGGAGGAGACGGCCUGCGACUACCUCCUGAUCUAUAUCAUCCUGGGCAUCUGGGCCUGGAGCCUGCUGCAGUUCACCUUAGGGCUGACGGCCACCAAGCAGAAGAAGACCAGGGUGGUGGGCCCCAGCCCCUCCGCACGGAACCCCAUCACCAGCAUCGCCGCCUGCUGCGAGACGGAGAUGUGGGCCCUCAUGGUUAGCGUCGUCAUGCAAGACGGGCCUUACCUGACUGCGCGCCUCUACAUCAUGUUUACCGUCCAGAACUUUGGCCAAACAAUGAUAUUCUUCACGGCCAAGAACGGCAUUCUCUUCUUGCUCCAAGUGUACCGACUGUACGUGGUUAUCAUCGAGAGACGCCGGGCGGGGCGAGAGGGAAGGAAGUCUAGGGAUGAAGAGGAGGAAGAAGACAGCGCAUUCGAGAUCAAGGAAGCACGAACGCCUACAACACCAAUAAAUGGAUCCUAAGGCCCCUGACCAGGCGAGGCAGAUAGUGGAAGUGCAGCAGCUCAUUCACGUGAGAUGGUCAUACUAAUGGAGGCCAUUGUGGUGUUCAAAUAGUGCAUUGCACUUCGCCUAAAAUGGACAUUGAUUGUAUGAAGGGAUAUACAUCCAGGGCAACUUUGAUCUGUGCAGCGGCGCAGCCAGCUUUAAAGAUCGGUUCAUACUUCAUUCGAAUGUAAAAUCGAAGCAAAUUGACUCACAAAACAUUUGCAAAGGAGUUCCCUUGAAACUGGUUCCUAAUGGAGCGAAGACUACACUAUCCAAUCAAAUCAUGUUGAGCGGGGAUGAGAAGUUCAACUUCUCUCAGUGAAAGUGCUGAGUCAUUUAUUGCACAAUGGGGAGCAAUUACCCUACAUUUCUCAUGAAAACAUAAACGGUGUUCUUAUACGAUCUGCCAAAGGGAAUGUAUUAAAUUAAGGGAACUCUUAUUGUUGCAUACCAUUUUUUGCAAUCAGUGUUCAUAAGUUCAUUACGUUAUUCUCAUUUAUUUUAAUGUUUUACAAAUGUUACUGUGCACUGGCUAUUUUAGAGGGAUGAUACAUUUUGGACUUCUUGGAAAUGUACCUGCCAACCCAACCUUUGUCCUGUGAUCUAUAACGCCUUGUGUAGACAGCAAUUAUCAAACUUCCGAGUUUCCGCAUUUCCAUGACGGAUAAGUGAUCUUGGAAAGAUGGCACAUGGAGAUUUUUCAGUUUUACUUCUUUCCCCGAUAACCCUAUCUCGGAAAGACGUCAUCCUCUGAUAUCGUGUCCAGGAAAGAAUGUUUCCUAAUUAUACGUUAUAAAGUAUUUCGAAAUGAUAUCGUGUCUCGGAAAGAUGUCCAAACUUGGGUCCAUGUUUCAAAGCCGACAAUCAAACUUGAGUUACCUAACCGUGGCGCGUGUGUGUGUGACACACAAAUCGUGCAGUCGCACAAAAAAGUACUAGACAUGAAUACACGGUCCGCUAAAGAUAGGACGGGCCACAGGGCUUCUCAGUCCCAACGUGUUGAGGAAGAGAUCCUGGCGAAAAUGUUGGUUGAAAAUGUCAACGGUGAUAAGGCAGUGGCCUUCGCGAAACCAAUGACAAUUCACUUCACGUAAAUACUCCUAUAGCCUGUUGGAUAGCAAACCCCUAACUUGGGAAAUCGCAGUGACAAAGUAUGCAGGCUGCUGUGGUGUAAUUUGAGCCUGAAGCUAACUAAUUCUCGCGCUUAAAAAAUUGUUAUUCCUUUUUGAAGUCCAAAAAAUCGCCGGAACAAAAUGUACCUGUUAGUUUUGACAUCAAAGAGGACAUCAACUUUCAUUGAAGUCUUUGGACAGGUUUUUCUUUGCCACAGAGGACAGAACACACAGGAAACGAAGAGUACGUUUCCCUGUCCUGAAUGGUAAACCAUGCUCAGUGGUAGGUGCUUGUAGUUAGCCUAUGGCAUAGUGUCAUCAUUAUUGCUGGAACAAAGGCCAACAUAAUCCCCUCCUCGGCGGUAUAGCAAAACACGACUGUGAAUAUAAAUGCGUGGCAUCUGGGGUUUUCUGGGAAUGAAGCAUUUGAUACUUACAACAAACUCAUGUUAUUUAGGUUUCGCUAAACUCCAUUUUUUGAAAGUUCAAACUCUUCAUUUCUGCUACCUUUUUAAUGGCAUGCAGAUUUUAUUCUGAGUGUGGUUCGGCCGUAGUGUAACAAUCAAUUGUAAAUAAAAAAGGAUGAAGUAUGGGAGACGAAGAAAAAAACAAUAUUUUGUCAAGUGUACUUGGUUUGGCUGCACAUUAUUUUUCCUCAUUAUCCCAUUUAAUAUUUUUGGUGGUUUUUUGUGUACAGUUCACUGUUACACAUAUGAGGUAACUUUUGCAAGUAGUUUCAUUUGAAAUAUUUUAUCAUUUAGCUUAUACUUAGCUUUUUAGCAUUGCUUAGAAAUAUAUUUGUUAUUCUUAGGUAACUUUAAUUUGCUUAGUCGGGGACCCUUUAUGAACCCCCUAUCUUACUAAUGAGUCCAUCUUCAAAAAUAAACUUGUUAAUGUUUUGUUGCCACAGGUCGGGUAAGGACAAUCCCUUAAAGUCUUAGCGUCUUACUUGAAGAAGUUUGUUGUAUCAUUGGAAACCGUGCACGAUAUUGGGCCAAUGGGUAACCCCCCCAUAUCCAAUCCCUAUACACACUCUAGACUAUUGUUACCUAACACAUCCCCGCAGAAGUCUUUAAAGAAUUCCGGAGAUUCCGAUCAAACAAUGACCAACACAAAGGUGGGGGGGUUCUCUCCGCCCCAUAUCUUGCAUCAUAUGGAUCAUAGAGGAAGGGAGGAAGGACAUAGGAGUUUAAACUGCCUGGGCUAUAACAUCAGUGCUGGCCAAUUACUGCUUUCUGGCAUGCCUGGUAUGUCCAUAGCCAGAGCGCAGUGCAUGCUUGCUACGCACCACAAGCCGCCUUUGUCCCCCAUGAUCACCGCCGCAAUUUUUCGUUAGGAAACUGCACCCCUAGAACGUUAUGUACUGCAGUAUAGGAAGUUGAAUAUUCAUGCCAUCGUUGGUGCUUG